UCUCAAAAGCCUCAAACCCAAAAAGUUCCAACUCUCACUCUUUAGUUGAGAACUUUUAAGUUAAGACGUGUGCAGACGCUCGUUCAUGGUUGUCUGUGAUGUGGAGCUCUAUGCUAGAAUGUCACAGCAAACAAUCUAAAGUAAUUGCAGAGGCUAAGAAGCUUGAUAAGAUGACAAUAAAGGAGAAUCUAGACUUGUCUCAGCUUGAGCUUGCCAUGGAAUUGAAACUCGAGUUGAGGAACUGGAGCCUAAAACCUCAAGAACCAACACCAGAUCUCUCAGAAGAGCCACCAUUGUUUGGUGCUAUUAACACUUGGUCACAAACCCUUGAGAGAUCAGCUGGAGAAAAGGAGUUUACGGAAGCGGUUUACACGAUUUUGAUGCACGUAAACCAUCAGGUAGAGAAACGGAGGAUGGAAUUGGAAGAGCAGAGGAAUGUUAAUGGCAGCGUAAAGGAUAUAGAGAGAAAGCUUAUGAUGUUAGAAAAGGAAGAUCAGAAGAUGCAGAGGAAGAUGAACACGGUACAGUCUGUUGAAUUAGUGGGGAGUUUAAAUCUGAAGUCUAACAUAGAACAGAUUUUCAAAUCUAUGGAGAAAUUAGCUACAAACUCGAAGAAGACUUACGAGGAACUUGACUUGGAGUGCACGUAAUGUACCGGUUUGUUUUAGUUCUCAUCAGUUCUGCUAUCUAUCAUGUAUUCUCUGUGUUCUUGAAAGAGUUUUGAAUUUAACUAAAUUGAAAAUUUUGAU